AUGUCUUCUGAAAAAGGUCGUAAAAUAGUUAUGGUUGGCGCAUCGGGCACAGUUGGCAGUCCCACGCUUACCGCCCUCCUCAAAACGGGCAUUCACACCAUCACAGCCGUAACGCGCAAUGAAUCAAGUGCCACCUUCCCUUCCGGUGUCCAGGUCAAAAAGGGCGACUACAACGAUGAUUCCUUUCUCGUAUCCGCACUCAAAGGCCAUGAUGUCCUCAUCCUGCAACUCGGUAUAAUGCAGAUGGAGUUGCAAGUAACGCUUAUCGAAGCCGCCGCCAAAGCAGGUGUGCCCUGGGUCCUACCCACAGAAUUUGGGUCGGAUAUCAACUCUCCCAUCGCCAAAGACUUCGAGAUAACUGGCAUGAAGAAGAAGUACCGCGACCUGAUUGAAGAGAAGGGUUCGAGCUGGGUCGCGAUAGUCAACAACCCUUGGUUCGACUGGAGCCUGAAGGCAGGACUGUGGAGCAUUGAUGUUCCCGGCAAGAAAGCCACGUUGUACAAUGUCAACGAUACCAAGUUCAACACUUCGACUCUGAGUCAGGUCGGAACCGCAGUAGCAAGACUGUUGAGCCUGCCGGAUGAGAAGCUCAAUGCGUACAAGAACCGUUCGUUGUAUGUGCGCUCGUUCCUCGUAAGCCAGUAUGACAUUUUUGAUAGCGUCGUGCGCGCUACUGGGACAAAGGAGUCCGAAUGGGAGGUCAAGAUGCAGAAGCCAGAGGAAGCUAUUGAGGCGUCGAGGAAGGCAGUCGCGGAGGGCAACAUGAUGGCGUUUGUAGGAGAAUUCUAUACAGCUCAUAUGCAAGCAGGUCGUGGUGGCAACUACGAAGAGAAAGCAGUGACGGACGCCGCAACCAUUGGUUUGGAGAAGGAGAAUCUCGAUGAGGUUGUAAAGCGUAUUGUUACCGAUUUGGCAGGCAACUAA